CUACUUGCUGUUGGUGCAAAAUCGGAAUCUGAAAUCAGAAUCUGCGCUUAGAGUACUAACAUUAGAGGACCUUGGACGACUGGACGUUUUUCAAACUGAAACGAUUAUUAUUACAUAUCUUUAGACGCCAAUCGUGCUAGGCAUUGGCAUUAAAUAUUUCAAAAAAUGAUCGCGGAAGAGGAAGUAAUCAAACGGCGGCUUCUGAUCGACGGAGAUGGAACUGGAGAUGACAGGCGCAUUAAUCUGCUGCUGCGAUCGUUUUUAAAAUGGUGCAAUAGUCCAGGAACUGCUGAGGAGGACAACACAGCACUGAACAGAAUGCUUCUGCAGCUGUCGCAAAGCGAACUGGCUUCGGAAAAAUUUCUGCUCGGCUCGCACACGAGCAAUGCGGAACUCAACAGCUACGAAGAGCUAAACGAUAUCAUCAAAACCAGAGUGGAAAGUGCCAAGAAGGAAAUCGAGGAGGCGAAAGAAUCGUUCAAGGCUGCCAAGGAGGUCAGGAAGAAUCGAGUGCAGUACAACGUCCUGGCUAAGGUCAUCAAAGAGCAGCCAGACAGAAAAGAGACCUUGAAGAAUUUGGACGAAAUCAAGGCUGAGCUGGCUGAUUUAGAGGACAAGCGGAGGGAAAUAGAGGAAAAGCUGGACAUGCGUCGCAAACGAUUGCACUUGCUUAACGUGGCCAUUCACGACUUCAUUGAGGAUGCCAAUGAAAUCAAGCAGCAAAUAGACUCGAACGAAGCAGCCUCUGCAGACAUGACCGCGGACAGUAUCGACCUCCUCAUUGAACCCUUUGAUCUGGAGGACGUCGAUGACAAUGCGAUGAGUGUUGAUCCUUGAUGAAACAAUUUGGUGAGACGCGACUGUGACCAAAUGCUAGUAUAUUAAAAAACACAAAUUUUUACAUAAGUAAAGACACAAAGCUUAAAAUUAACAUGGAUAGUUGGCUCGUGUAACAAUUUGCCCAAUUCUCUGUGUCCUUAUAAGUUCCGAUUUUCGCUGCAUAUCCUAUGACGUGUGCGACGAAGUUCUGCGCAUGCACCGCGUGAAAUAAAUGAGACCAUGGCCCUUAAAAUAAAUACAAAA